UGGACACGAUAAUUAGCGAGUUAGCGUUAAGUUGUUAGAGCCGCCAUUGACCUGGAUAACGACCGAACAUGUCUCAAUUUCAUGCAUGGUGUAGACAGUAUGGCUCAAUUCUCGGACUUCUGUAGCAGUUCUGUAGUCUUAUAGAAUAAGUACAUUGCAUUUGUGUUAAUUAACAUUACAUUAACACAAAUCUGGAACCUUGUGGCUGCUUUUCUGUGGAUAUAUCUUAUAUGGAAAGGUGAUACCUAUGGUGUAUUGCAGUUUUCACGGUUGGCCGUCGCUGCACAUGUACAGUGUCCGGCAACACCCUAUCCUCUGCGCUACUACUGUGAGUGAGUCAUGUAGCCACUAUGUGAGGCUUUAGUAAUCACACCUACUACAGAAUGAAGACAGUGGCCCCAAUCUGCUCUAAAAACACGAAGAGCUGGUAGGCGACGUGAGCACAGGUCGUAGAAAUGAGACGGUCUACCUGCCGUUAAUUACGGCUUACUGUGCAACUAAUUCCCCCGAGUAAAGGAGCUACCGGUGACAUGUAGUUCAGUUGUGACAGUCCUUUCACCAAUUAGGGGUAUAUAUGAAGACUUGUGGACAGAUGGUGAUUCUUCUGUGCAUGGUUCAUUAUGGCGAAGCUACUCCGAUUUGCUGUCGUUGCGUUGAGGUUAAUCCUGACGUAUCUGUCAGAAAAAGCUGAGGAUCCGAUUCGGGAGGUCAAGGAUGAAGAGAAGGCAUGUGUGCCCAAGCACAGCUAUCGGAAAAGAGCAUCUACGGGAAUCUACGACGACAUCGACGACGAAUCCACAAUCGCAUCUUCAUCCAUGGCAUCGACUUCCAAGCUCUCACUGUCCUCUGGUAUUGGCUCUUCUAUCUGCUCUAUUGACGAACACUGCGGAUCUUACAGCCAUGGUAACGGAGAUUUUCACUUUGAGUCCCAGGAAUUGUGUCGGAUGGGAGCUGAGAUCGAGCGACUCCGUCUCGAAAACAGGACGCUCCGGGAGAAUCUGACACAUGACAGUAACGACACUGUCAGCAUCAGCAUACAACAUCCUCGACGUCGUGAAACAACGGUGGUGUGGACGGAGGAUUGGGAGGAGACAUGUAUCGUGCACUCCAGAAAAGUCAACUUGUGUGAGCUGUCUGGCGACAAGGACACUGGUAAAAGUACGUCAUCGGCGUCGACAUCCGACGUCAGCGCACUAGAGGUUGUCCACCAGAAGCUGAAGAGGAAACUCCGACAGGUGCAGGAAGAGAACUGCCGACUGACAAACUACAUCAACGACGUCAUGUACAUCGUUCUCGACAACAAGCCUCACCUCCUGGAGAAGUAACUGUGGACGUUGAUGAGUUCCCCUCGCUAGUGCUAAUUGCAUGGUACAUGUGUUGCUUGGACAUAGUUUCGUUAAACUAUUUUUUCAUAUUUCGCCAAAACAGGAUUGUUACAGUCGACCAUUUUACUAUGAAUAUAUAUAUUUUAUGUAAAACUGUAAAAACAGGAGGUUAUUAUUUUGGGCAACAGCGACAUAUGUAAUUGUUAAUUAUUGUUCACAUGAACACAAAGUUGUCUGGAUAAACGAGCUGUAUUGUGCAGUCUCUGUGUGGAACGUGUUAAUUUGAAGGUGUUUUGAAGUGAUAGUUUAUAUAUGUACUUCAAGUAUGCACAUUAUAAAGUAUAAUUCCUAUGAUGUAUAUAUCAAUUACUUAAGUCCUUAAUUACCUUAAGUCAGAUUUGGGGCACUAUGGUUGCUGUGGUUUAAGGUGUCGCAAUUCGCUGUGCAGAGUUGCGCCCCUUAGCUGUACAAGGACACACUGAGCGUGGGUUGGCAUCUCAGGUACUCCCUGAUUGUGAUCCAUGGUUUGUCAGCACCAUACCCGUGCUCGUGGGUUUCACCGAAGUGGUAAACGUCUGAGACCUGCAUCAAUUCGGGCUUUCCUCCCACAUUAAGCUGACACGGCGUGAUACAACUUAACAUAGUUUUCAAACUGGUGAUAAACAUUGCGACCUCACUCACCAAGUCAGAUUUGAACCUACAAGAAACCUAAAGAUUCAUACACUGUUUUACAUUAAAUAUCCACACCAAAGAGCACCAUGCUACAAAUGUGUAUAUGCUGUAUUGUCCUCAAUGCUAUACGAUUUACUGUUAUACCGUGUAUGUAUUUGUGUAACCAUGUUACUGUUAUAUGUUGUAUUAAGUCAUAUCACCCUUUUAUUGACGACAUAAUAAAUGUUCGUAGUGUUUA